AUGGCCAGAGUGACAAGGUCUAACACAGCUGCUGUCUCUUCACCACCCCCGACAAAGAAGGCGAAGAAGGGCAAAGGCAAGGCUGAGGCCCAGGAUGAGGAUGUGGAUGACUCGGGCGUAAAGUCCAAGGCCAAGAUGAAAGCACAGGCUACCGCCGCAAAGGUCAAGGCUAAGAAAGCUAAAAAGGCAGAGCAAGAAGCCAAAAGCAGUGAAAUCCAAAAGCGGAAUGCAGAUGUCUUAUCCCGAGAGAACUCACAGGAGACGGGCCAGACUAGUCUCGGAAAGCGUUCCAUAUCAUCAGCACCUGACAGAGUGUUGCCCAAGAAGCGGAAAACAGAGGAGGGUGUCCCUAACGCUGACGAGAUAGAUGGUCUUCAAGAUGAUGAGGCUAGUGCUAGCGAUACUGCUGGUGAUGGUCUUGCGGCCAGAUGGAGGGGCUUGGCUCCCAAGAAUGCGGCUAAGACCAUAUAUUCUGAAGACGAUGAACCACCUGUGGAAUUCAAGUCUAAGAAGCCUGAGGAGGACGAGGACGAGGACGAGGACGAGGACGAGGACGAGGAGGACGUGGACGUGGACGAGCCAUCCGACAAGACCAGUGGCUCAGGCAGUAGCAGUUCCAUGGAGGACGAGGAGUCAGAUCUUGAUGUCAAAUCCAAGAGGCGUAAGUCGAAGAAGAGCCAAGUUGAGGAGGACUAUGACAUAGAGAUGUUCCCGUUGAAGAAGAAACCUCACAAGAGAAGCGCCCAGGUCACUUCCCUUUCUCUUUCACUAGAGAUGAAGCUAACCAACAUUUGGCAGACUGUAGCAGAGGAUGGCGACGAUGAGCUAGUUGGUCGCAGACGGGUUCUAAAGAGGAAGCGUGGUACAGGCCGUCGGAAGGGACGUCGUGGUCCUAAAAUCAACAUUGAAGACUUCAAACCUUAUCCUGAAGCACGACACAUUGCAAUCAAGGCUAGGGAAGCCAUGCAAUGUCACAUCUGUCUUCAAGAAGCCUUCCCACGCAACAUCAAUAACUUCAUCUGGGACCUAGUACGUAGUACAUGUGAUUCUCCCAAUGAGAUCAAGUACCUCGACGGUCUGGAAGAGGCUGAGCUGGAUGACGGCGAUGAUGAUGAAGAUAUCAAAGCCAUGUUGAUUACCUAUAUCAGCUACGUGGGACCAUUGAUGAGGAAUGCCGUGAAGGAUCGUGCCACCUUGUUGGCGCCUGGGAACUAUCGGUUUCUUGGCCCAGGUUCAGACGCAUCCAGCAUUAAAUCAAAGGUAGCCUUUCUGUUGGAAAAGGGUCACCUUCAUUACGCUGAAGUGAACGCUCUGAAGCGAAGCUUUGACGCUCAAGCUCCUUUUGGCAACAGUGCCAUAGCUGAUGUUAUUCGAAGGGUAUUCUUUGACGGCUCAGGCAGUCUGACAACCCAGAUGGCCUUUGGCAAAAUGCUGCAGCUUAAGGCCAUACCGAAGGCUCUGCUCGCCUUGGUAAUCGCAGCUCUUCAUCAUGCAGUUAACGAAUAUCGUGAUGGAUACCGUACGGAGGUCAAAUUCAAGACAAACAUUGUCAGGCCUAUUUACGAGCAUUAUAUGGCCAGGCUUAAUUAUGUCGAGCAGAAGUCGCCAAACUGGUUCAAGAAGUUUCAAGAGUCUUUAUGGCGUGAUAUAAUGAAUAUUUCCAAGCCAGGAUUCUUGCAUGCUCAUGACUACGGUGAAGAUCCAGCGGACGAUUUUGAUGAGGUGGAUUUUGACGCCCUAGAGGCAGGCCCUGGCCGGUCAACCUCCAAGUCUAGUACUGCAUCAUGUACUUCAUCUGUGCCUGCCUCUGCCGCUACCUCGUCUACACCUGCCCCUGUCUCUGCUUCUGGACUAGCUUCACAAACACUCUCCAGAAGUCCAACUCCAGUCCCUAGUGCAUCGUAG